AUGACGAUGGGCAAGGAUGAGAGUUGCUGUGUGGGUAGUGCUGAAUGUGUGUAUAGUAAGGAGAAAAGGCAUACACUCCGGGAACCACGAAAACCCUUGUUUCCCUUUGGAGACACUGCAGUAGCAAAGAGCCGGAAGGAAGAAUGCACACCUUCCGACAUUCGAGGUCGCUACGUACAUGCCGAAGUAGGUCGGGUUUCCUCGCCGUACAGAGACCUAUACCCGGACGACGAUGCGACUGAGAGGUACGACUUGCGUGUCAGCCAGGCGAUCUCGCUCGCUAUCAGUUUCUCCGCCGAGGACAUCGGGUAUCAUGGCUUCCCACAGGAUGCAAAGGUUGUUUGUGUGACGCCCAACCGCAUGCAACCGGGCAGCCGCGUUCCUGAGAGCAAGACUCCACGGGAGAGUUCAGACCCUGGUGCGAGCUGGGCAAAGGCUGCUGGAGGGUCGAGUAUAGCGGUGGCCGGUACUAUGGGGUUGAUGCUUGCCUUGUAG